AUGAAAAGCUCCGAAGAGUAUUCAUAUGCCAGAAUUCUAUACAGAAAAAUGCUAGAGGACGAAAGCAGCUCUUUGGACGCAAUGGAGGUCCACAUCGACAAGCUGGAGAAGAAUCUCCGGGACAGAAUAGACGCUGUUCUAAGACAGCUGAGCAUACUGCAAAGAGAAGAGAAAGAGCUACAAACCAUCAUAGAGAGAGGCGCGUAG